AUGGCGAAGGGAACAGAUCCUCCUCUUCCCCCUCGAAUUGACGUUCAUUCGCACUUCUUACCUCCCGAUUACCAUGAUGCCCUCAUGGCCAACGGUCAUGAAAAGGUCGAUGGAAUGCCAGAGAUCCCACCUUGGUCAACUGAAGCUCAUCUGGAAAUGAUGGCAAUCAACAAUGUUUCUAAAUCCAUAUUGAGCAUCUCGUCUCCAGGAACGCACAUAGUCCCUGGGAAAGAUCAACUUGGCCAAGACCUAACAAGACAUUGCAACUCCUAUGCCGCAAGGCUGAAAAGAGAGUAUCCGGACAAAUUUGGUUUUUGGGCUGCGUUGCCACUACCAGACGUCGAUGCUGCCCUCAAGGAAAUCGAUAUCGCGGUGGCCGAGGGGGCAGACGGAUUCGGAAUGAUGACGAAUUAUCAUGGUCAUUAUCUUGGUAGUCCUCGGCUGGAUCCCAUAUUCCAGAGGCUGAACGAGCUCGAAGCAAUCGUCUUCAUGCAUCCCACAAAACCAUGCAUUCACCACCCCAACUCCUCUGCAACGACAGAUGCCCUGCCUUUUGGAAGCGAAUACCCUGUGCCAAUCUUCGAGUUCUUCUUCGACACGGCACGGGCAGUUGUAAACCUAUUUUACAGCGGCACAGUGGAGAAGUACUCCAAGAUCACCUUCAUCAUUCCCCAUGUUGGUGGUAGCAUGCCGCCUCUGUUUUCUCGUUUCAUAAGGUUCGGGCACGUUGUGCCCGGUGUAAAACCUCUAAACCACAGCCUUGUGCGUUCCCAAAUCCGCGACCAGUUCUAUUUUGACCUUGCUGGCACGAUCUUCGAUGGAUCAGAAGGGAGUCUAGGUCAGUUGAAGGCAUUUGUGGAAGGCUAUGAAAUCAGUCAUAAGCAGUUGUUGUAUGGCAGUGACUUCCCCUUCACGAGAACACCGUUCGUCAAGGAAUUCGCUGAUAGGAUGGCGUUCGGACUGCAAGGUUUGUUCAGCGAGGAAGAGCAGGCGGAAAUAUACGAACAAAACGUGAAGAAACUAUUGAGCAGAAAGGACAUGAGGAAGAUAGGCUCUUGA